AUGUGUUUUUGUGUUUCCUACCUGUUGACUAAUAUACUUGUUAUUCUUUCUCAACAGUACUUUGAGGUGCCUUUCGACUCCAACAUGAACCGUACAAAGAACCGCCCGCUUGUCAGAGGACAGAUCAGCCCCCUCCAUGCAGUGUCCUUCGCUCUGGCCUGCGGAGUUCCUGGAGUCGCUCUGCUCACGCUGGCCGUAAACCCUUUGACGGGCUUCCUGGGCGCCCUCAACAUCUUCCUGUACACCUGCUGCUACACGCCGCUCAAGAGGCUCAGCAUCACCAACACCUGGGUGGGAGCGGUGGUCGGCGCGAUACCUCCCGUGAUGGGCUGGACGGCUGCAACGGGUUGUCUGGAGCCAGGUGCUUUGUUGCUGGGUGGUUUCCUGUACAGCUGGCAGUUCCCCCACUUCAAUGCCCUCAGCUGGAACUUGAGAGAAGACUACUCCCGCGGCGGCUAUCGCAUGAUGUCCGUCACCCACCCCGCCAUGUGCAGGCGGGUGGCCCUGCGCCACAGCCUGGGCCUGAUCGCUCUGUCAACCGUAGCGCCGGCGCUGGACGUCACCACCUGGACCUUCCCCCUCAUCUCCUUACCCAUCAACCUGUACAUCAGCUACCUGGCCUUCCGCUUCUACCACAAGGGAGACCGCAACAGCGCCAGGAAGCUGUUCUUCUGCAGCCUGUGGCACCUGCCCAUGCUGCUGCUGCUGGCGCUCACCUGCAAGAAGUACAGCAGAAGUCAGGAGGACGCCGCUCUGCCUCCGGCGUCUUUACCUCCGUCACUGCCAGCCAACUAGUCCCACAGAUACGCCUCUGAAGCGAACCGAGACGUUUGGUUUUCACCCCGACGCUGCUCUCGGCCUGCUCGGAGGAGAGCUGGGUGACGGACACGUUGUUUUACCACUGGUGCUCACUGCACAUCAGGAAACGAUGUGCAUCAAAACAGCCGAAUUACAGAAAACACACUGAAUUAUUACAUUUGGUUGUAAUCAUUUGAACAUGUGUGUGCUGUACAUAUAUAUAUUCUGUAUUUAUUUAUAUAGAGAGCCACCAGUUCCUCUCUGUGUUGUACAUGACUGAUUUUAAAUUACCUUGUACAGUGUAAAUUGGUCCACACAGGUAUGCAUUGUGCAAAAUGCAGAAUAAUUAUGUAAUCAGUAGAUUUAUCUUUGAUUUUAAGUGUAUAAAAGAAAUAGGACAAAUUUAACCUUAUCCCGGUGCAGCUACAGCGCAGCGUGUUGCUCGACUUUCACUUGAUCGCUGUUACUUGACGGUUAAUCAGCCUCUUUCGCUCCCCAGCAAAAGCGCCGGUGAUUCAUUAGCUUCACUUCAACACGGUUCGCCGGCAAGCAAAGCAAAGGGAAUGGUUCACCCCUGGAAGAAACAAGGGCAAAUGUUCUGUAACAAUAAACCCAUCACGACUGUUA